AUGCUGAAGUCCAUCCUGCCCAAAGAACACAGACGCUCAAAGUCAAAGGAUCUCGGCCGAGUCGCCUCCAAUACGACUACCACUACUACACAGAUAGUGCCUCUGCUGCCUCCCGACCACCCUCACUCGACUACACAAUCCACAGAAGAUGGUCGCUCCAGCAGACAGGCCAAGAAGGAGAAUGCUCCGCCGCACAAACGUUCCAANAGUACCGUAUCGCUACGCUCCCUAGGUAGAGACAAGGAAAAGGACAAAGAGAAGAAGAGCCGCAAGGAAAGAGAAAAGGAGAAGCAGAGCCAGCGUGCCACAAAUGAUCAGGACAACCGCGACGGCCGCACACGCAUGAAGAAGACCAAGUCAUCCACCAGUCUCCGAGGCUUGCUGGGCAAGAUGAAUCGCUCGUCUAAGGACCUCAGCGAUACCGUACACGACAAGGAAAACCAGAGCCCACCACCCUCGGCUACCGAGCCCACCACAACCUCUGCCUGGCCUCAGCACCCGCCCGCCGUUCAACAGCUCGAUGCAGAAAUCGAUCGCUACACCCCCAAGGACUAUACUCCAUCUAAACAACGCGACUUUUCCGCCUAUGGCCAGCCCGUCCUCUCGAGGCCCUCCUCCUCUGGACGCCCCAAAAGUUUAGUCAUUCCUGGAUCAACCUCCUUUCUCGAUAUGUUCAAUCGACCCACCAGUCGUGACAAAGACCGUACACAAUUGAACUCACGAGGAAGUAACCAUUCACGGGGCAGUGGUGAGAGCUUCGAAGAGGGCAUACCAUCNUUUGAUCGCAAAGUGAGCUCCAGCAGCAACGAGCGGCCAGCACCAAAGCCUUUAGCAAACAUGCCUAAGCGUGGUCCAAGGGUUAUGGCUGCUGUUGCCGCUUUUGACGAGAAAGCCAGAGAGAAUAUGGCGGCCAAAGAUGACCAAAAAUUGGAUCCUAAAAUUGUUGAUGCCGCUUUUGAAGCCGUCUUGGCCGAUUUUGUCAAACAGGACAAGGGCGCUCUUAGCCCUACUAAGCCAGAAUCUCGACUUCCAUUUUUCCACGAUGAGCCCGUUCAACAACAGGCUGUCGAAUCCGGUGACGAAGAAGCCAAAGAGGAUCCCUCGAAACGGUCAAGGUCGAGAAGUAAGACUUUCACACUGACCAGGAGCGACGGGACUACCAAGAAACAAAAGCAAGACAGCCGUCCAAACUCGAUUCAUAUUCCAAGAUCCUCGGGAACUUUGCCUAGGAAUUCUGUCCCUCCAUCACCUGGCCGAGGUCCCCAAGCUGCUUGUCCCGAUGAGUUUGUGGCCUACUUGGAGAAUGUUCGCGAUCCUGUUCAAAUGGAAGUCGGCCGUCUGCACAAGUUGCGUCUUCUGCUUCGCAAUGAGACUGUCGCUUGGGUUGACGAUUUCAUAUCACUGGGUGGCAUGGCUCAAGUUGUAGAUCUACUUCAUCGCAUCAUGCAGAUUGAGUGGCGCGAGGAGCAUGAGGACCAACUACUACAUGAAGCAUUGCUCUGCUUGAAAGGGCUUUGCACUACCGAAGUCGCUCUCAAGAACCUUGCCAGUUUGGCUGAUGCCCUGUUUCCUAAACUCCUGGCCAUGCUUUUCGACGAAGAGAAGAAGGGGCCAAGUGAGUUCACCACCAGAGGCAUAAUUAUCAACAUCCUUUUUGCAUAUCUGGGCGCGGCACGUAACGGUGGACCGCACGCACUUGCUCAAAGAGCUCGUGUGAUUUUGGCCUAUCUCGCAGAUCCGAAGAAACCGGAAGAAGCACAACCAGUAUCUUUUGUGCUUAGCAUGCGACAAUCUCGACCAUACAAGGUGUGGUGCACUGAAGUCAGCAACGUGACGAAGGAAGUAUUCUGGAUCUUCCUACAUCACCUCAAUGUUAUACCACUUCCGAAGAAAGAGACUUUGAAUGGAGAAGCACAGACACAACCAGACGGAACUACGACCCCUGGUCAAGGUUAUGCUCAGCGAUUCUUCCCCGGUGAUCGACCACCUGUUCCAGCUGCCCCCUACAUUGGUGGUGUCGAAUGGGAUGCAACCACAUACAUGACAGCACAUCUCGAUCUUGUAAACGGUCUCAUCGCUUCACUUCUGACCAGAGAAGACCGUAACCAGCUACGUGCUGAACUCAAAGCCAGUGGCUGGGAGAAGAUGAUGGGCGGUACCAUGCGUACAUGCAAGGAAAAGUUCUACUGCGGCGUUCAUUCUGGAUUGCAAAACUGGAUAGCCGCAGCUCAAGCGGAUGGAUGGGAUAUUGACUACGUGCGAUAUGGCCCAAGCAAAGAAGAGAUGGCCGCGUCGAGUCCAAAGAAGAGUCCGAAGAAGACGGAGCCACCGCCACAACUUGGUCUCCCCAUCAUACAGAUGCCCAAGCUAACGCUAGGAUUGGAUCGAUCCAACUCGACACCUGCAUUUAACGCCAGUAACGAUAACGAUGGAUGGUUGCUUUGA